ACGGACGCCAUAAAAGCUGUUUGUCACUGAGUGACUUCAAAAUCAUAAGUCAUAACAUAACCUCAAAUUCUUAAUAUCAAAUAAAUAAAUAAAACGUUUGUUAUUUUUAAUUUUACAGUCUGUAGACUAUUUAUUCAAACCAUGUUUGGAGGGGAGCGGCCAAAGUUUGUGAAACCCGGAGAAGACUCCCUGUACCCCGCCAGGAACCGGGAGGGCGCUGUGGAGACGCUCGUGAACCCCAACGCCGACACCGCUUUGAGCGGCGACUCCGACGCCAAGACAAGCUUCGUGUACAACCGCUACCACCACCUCCCCCUCGACGCCCAGCGACAGCGGCUGCCCGUGUUCCAGCACAGGAACCACAUCUUGUACCUGCUGGAGAGAUACCAGACGCUGGUGCUGGUCGGGGAGACGGGGUGCGGCAAGUCCACGCAGGUGCCGCAGUACGCGUGCGAGGUGGGGCACGCCGUGUGCGUGACGCAGCCGCGCGCCGCCGCCGCGCUGGCGCUGGGCUCGCGCGUGGCGCAGGAGCGCGGGACGCCGCUCGGCGCGCAGGUCGGCUGCUGCGCCGCCAUGCACGCGCUGCGCUCCCCCGACACACGCAUCGUCUUCAUGACGGAAGGAGUCCUGCUGCGGGAGAUGUUCGCCAACCCGCUCCUCAUGCAGUACUCCUGCAUCAUCCUCGAUGAAGUGCAUGAGAGGUCUCAAAUGACAGAUGUUCUUAUGGGACUACUUAAGAAAAUUGCUAAAAAGAGAAAGAAGUUAAAGAUUAUCAUCUCCUCUGCAACCAUGGAUGCUGAGUUCUUGAAAGACUUCUUUGACUUGAAAGACAAGAGCAGAAAAGAUGGAGCGAGCACCUCAGUUAUUAUGUCAAUGCAAGGACGAACACAUCCAAUUGAAGUGUUUUAUUCUGAGGAGCCUGUGCCUGAUUAUGUGAAGGCCACAGUUGACACAGUUAUAAAGAUACAUGAAAAUGAACCAUUUGGAGAUAUUCUUGCUUUUCUGACAUCACAGGAAGAAAUUCUGACAGCUUUAGAAAUAUUGGAAACUUAUGCUGAAGAUAAUAAGGAAAAGAAUAAAUACCGCAACACCUAUGCAAGCGGAAUCAAGGCUGCUGAAAUGUCUGUUUUACCCAUGUACGGCAGUUUACCCUUGUACAGACAGAUAAAAGUUUUUCAAAUGGCAGAAAAGAAUGUAAGAAAAGUUAUUUUAGCUACAAACAUAGCAGAAACAAGUGUGACUAUAUCUGGAAUUAAUUAUGUUAUUGAUUGUGGCUUCCACAAGUUGCCAUAUUAUGAUCCAGCCAUUGGAGUGGAAUGUUUGACUGUUUGUCCUGUGUCAAAGAACAAUGCUAUCCAGAGAGCUGGCCGUGCAGGCCGGAACAACAAGGGCAGUUGCUACCGGCUGUACACUGAAGAGGAGUUUGACCGGUUGCCACCAUGUGUUCCUCCAGAAGUUGCCAGAAGUGAUCUUUCAGCAGUUCUUCUACAAUUGAAGGCAUUAGGAAUAAACAAUUUACUCAGAUUCACAUUCCCCACUGCACCUCCAGCCAAGACCUUGCUGGCCGGGUUAGAAACCUUGAUUGCUCUAAAUGCUAUAGACAAAGAUGGCAGUCUGACUGAAGAGCUUGGCGUGCACAUGGCGGAGCUGCCCAUGAGGCCCAUGCUGGCCAAGAUCCUGUGCAGCAGCGGGGAGUAUGGCUGCAUAGAUGAAGCACUCACCAUAAUAUCCAUGCUACAAGUUGACAAUGUAUUUGUUAAAGGUCACAAUGGCAAAAUGAAUAUGGCAGCAAAAGUGUGCAGAAGAAAUAACUUUGAAGUGGCUGAAGGUGACAUACUGAUGUAUUUAAACAUCUUUGAUUCCUAUCUGAGGCUCAAAUCCUCGAUAAAAGAUGAGAAAAGAAGUAGAAAAGCCUGCAAAGACUGGUGCAGCAAGAUGUUCCUCAACCAUAGAGUGCUGGAAAAGGCUUCCGAAAUAAGAAGCAGUUUAGAAAAGUUGAUCAAAAAUAAGUUUUUAAUUGAAAAUAAGCAUUUUGAGGGCCCUGAUUUGGGGACAGCUAAGUGUGAGAGGAUAAUGAAGUGUGUGCUGUCGGGGUUGUUUCCUCAAGCGGCGUAUCUGUCCAUCGACGGCAGCUACCGGUCCAUGCGCGGCGCGGCGCUGCACAUCAGUACUGACAGCUGUCUGUACACUCUACAGCAACCCAAAUGGGUGGUCUUUGCAAGUGUGCAGACCACUGGUGAUAAGACUUGCAUGAGAGAUCUAAUGGUUAUUAAAAAAAAUUGGCUAUUAGAGGUUGCACCUCAUUAUUAUAGGGAAACUUAGAGUAGGUACCAAAGAGUCCUAAUUUAAACUAUAAUUUUAUACCUAUUUAUGUUAUAAUAUAUUGGAAUAAAUAUUAUAUAAGUACCU